AAUCAGGUUUCCGGUACGGAUCGGGUACCGACAGUCCUUGUAAAGAUGAACAGAGCAUACGUCAGCUACUGAAGCCGUCCCACACCGAAGCUCACCCAUCAAUCGGAUCAUGGCGUCGAGUUUCCUCAAGUACUCGGUUCUUCUUCAGAAGUACCGGACGCCGCUGCUCCUAGCGAGCUGCGGCGGGGUCUUUGCAGCCAACAUUUUCUACCAUGUCUGCCCCGAACAGUCGUACCGUCAGCUGUACCAGGCCUGGCACAAAGGACAGCCGGACACCCUGUCGGAGAAGUUGGAGAGCCUUUUCCAGCAGGUGUUGAAGGACUAUGGUGUCGCCACAACCAAGAAUUUCUCUGCCUUCGCCUCCUACGGUUUCCACCCGGUUGGCGCCGGCGUCCCGUGGCUCCCCGCUGGGGCCCAGAUCGGCAUCCCGGCCAACUUCAACAGCACCAGCAACGACCCCAGCGGAAUCACCAACCGCACCAUCUUCAUCAACGGCAAGACGGUGGACUGGAGCAGCGAGACGGGCACCGCCCUGAAGGAGGCGCUGGUGUUCUCCUCGGAGGCGCAGAAGUUCGCCGUGGCGCGGGAGGUGGCCCGCCUGCAGUCCGGCGCGCCGCUGAUCAGCGCCUCCGUGGCGCCGCUCUGCCUCGCCGGGGUGUUCGCCUACAGCGUGGUGCUGAAGCAGGUGUUCGGGCUUCACGCCGGGCCCCUGCUGCUCCGCGGCGCCACCAACCUCCUCGCCGUGGGCAUCGGCGCCGUCUCCUACUUCCUGGCCUCGGACGCCGUCGGCCAGUGGGUGGAGUGCAGCUCGGACCAGAACGCGGCCAAAGUGUCCCGCGACUACGCCAAAGGGGGGGUGGAGUUUUACGACAAAAUCCUGACCAGGAAUAAGACGCUGCGCUCACUGAUGGGGAAGAAGGGGGAGGAGAUGUACGCCCCCAGCGGAAACCUGUUCCCGGCGAACAUCUUCCAGCUGAAGCACACGCCGUACACGUCCAGGAGGGACGGCAUCCUCGCUCUGCUCAACGAGGACAAAGUCUGAAAGGGAAGCUCGGGGUGAGGAUUCUAAUCUCAGGGGGACAUGUUCAGCUGUAAUGAUCCUCUGUAAUUUACCUCUGAGUGGACUGGUGAACAAACUUUAAAGAAUUUUAGUUACACGGAAAGAUUUCCUCCACCUUUAAAAUGUCGCAGGCUGUUGCUUUAAAAAACAAAAAGGAAGGUUUCAGAUGAUGAAACAGCCUUUAGCAGCUCUGUAGUGUUGAGGAAAUGCAUUUGGGGACAAAUAAACUAUUUUGAUGCCUGUGUGUGCUGAUGUGUGUACAUUUGAAAAGAUGAGACAUCA